AUAAUCUUUUGUGUAUUUCCGCCACCAACCAAUGCGAGCUGAAAAAUUGUGAACGUGACUGUGAAGGUUGAAUUAUUGAACAUGGGACAGAAUACCUCGACUAUUACACAGACUUACGAAGUUGCACCAGGCACUCUGUCUAGAUCCAAAGUUCCAUAUCCACCAUUCGAGCUUGGAAAACCUCGGUUUGAUCAGAGUACAUACCUUGGUCGCUUGACUCACAUAUUAGAUACAACAGACCCAAAGCUUUUGCUGACUCCAAAUGAGAAGGUAGAAUGUGCUGUAGAAUUUUUAGAAGAUUAUAAAAAUGGAACAGCUCCUAAAUAUUCAGAUGAGCAGUUGUGGCAGUGGCAGCGAAUUAAAAAUUCAUUCUUUCAUCCAGACACAGGAGAAAAAAUAUAUGCACCAUUUAGAAUGGCAGGUUUUGUUCCAUUUGGAUCACCAAUUGUUAUAGGUCUGUUAUGGCCUAACCCCAGUUUUGCAGCCACCAUAUUUUGGCAGUGGUUGAAUCAGACACAUAAUGCUUGUUUUAAUUAUUCCCACAGAAAUGCUUCAAAGCACACCCCUUUUAACAAAUAUUUAGAGGGAUAUGCUGGGGCUGUAACCAGUGCUGUUACUAUUGCUGUUAGUCUUCAGGCACUAAUAAAGAGAGCUCAUGUGUUUAGUCCAACAACCAGAUUGUUAAUACAGAGAUUUAUACCCUUUCCAGCUGUAGCCUCAGCAAACAUAUGUAAUGUAGUAUUAAUGAGAAAAAAUGAACUUGAAGAUGGGAUAGAAGUUUUAGAUGACCAGAAUAAUGUUGUUGGUACAUCAAAAAUUGCAGCUAAAAGGGCUUUAACAGAAACAGCUAUAACUAGAGUAGUUUUGCCAAUUCCAAUUCUUAUUUUUCCUCCAAUAAUUAUGUCAGUUUUAGAAAGAAGUAAAUAUCUUACGUAUAAUCGUGGAAUGCGUAUUUUCUGGCAUUCAAUAGUCGUUACAGCCUGUUUUGCCAUUGCUCUGCCCCAUGCAAUAGCAUUAUUUCCACAGAAUUCACAGAUAAAUGUCAAUGAAUUAGAAGAAGAAUUUAAGGACAAAACAGACCAAACUGUACUGUUCUACAAUAAAGGCCUGUAGUAUUGUAAUAGUGAUAUUUGUGACUGGUUUUAUACAUGUUUAUAUACAGAUGUAUUUUUAAUAAAUGGAAUUGAAGAAACAGUUGCACAAAUUAUGAACUUGAUUUCAGGAAGGAAUGAUGUGUCAUGUUUUGUCUUUCCUUGCACAUUGGGAAGUGAAUAUUUAUAUCAUCAGUGCACUGUUUUGAUUUGAAAGUCAGUUCCAUAGGAUUUUGUCAUGUUAGAAAUUGAUGAUAUAUUUUUAUGCCCCCAACCCUCUACUAUCCUAGGUAGUAGAGCGGCAUUAUGUUUUCUGGUCUGUGCAUCCAUUCGUUCGUCCGUAUGUCCCACUUCAGGUUAAAGUGUAUGGUCAUGGUAGUUUUUGAUGAAGCUGAAGUCCACUGAACUUGAAACUUAGCACACAUGUUUCUUAUGAUAUGAUCUUUCUAAUGUUAAAGCCAAAUAAUUUUUUUUUACCAAAUUUCAAGGUCCAUUGAACAUGAAAAAUGAUAGUGCAAGUGGGGCAUCGGUGUACUUAGGACACAUUCUUGUUUCCUCAGUGAUAAGAUCUCUUUAAGCUAAAAUUUCAAAAAGACCCCUGAAACUAUAAGCUUAUUCAGGGAACCAAUUCACUGACAUAAGUAAUAUUAAACACAUAACUAAUAUGUUAUUUAUAUUAGUUAAAACUAUAAAGAUCAUAGUUCCUUCUUAAAGUGAUUUAUAUGUACUUUGCAGUGCUCUUUAAUAGUCUGGGUAAAAUUUUAGAAAAAUGAUAUCUUUGAAUGAAUGUCACCAAUUUAAAACAAUCUAGAGACCUUUUUAUUAUUAUUUACUGAAUAUAUAAAAUAAAAAAGUAGAAGAGAAAACCCCAUAUUGGUCAAUACUUUUUUAAAGCAUAUUAUUUAAAAAAUCAAAAGAUUGUUGCUUUAAUUUUUAUAUUAAUCAAAUGUUAAUUUCUAAAUAUAAAUAUAUCUAAAGCACAUAUUGAAUUUCUUUUUAUAUUUUCUAUUAUAUUAAUGUUAUUUAAAUUCGUCAUUGAAAAGAAAAGAUUUAUAAAAAUCAUAUCAAUAAUUUUAGAAUUCAUUAGGGUACAUUUACAGAUAUGUUUUUUUAGUGACAGCUAAUGUGAUAAUCAUAAUGAAUGAUUCCCUUGUGUUGUUGAGUAGCUGAACAAACAACAUAUACCCCUGAUUAAGUUAUGUAUACAUUAAAGGUUUAAAAUACAUGGUAUAUGAUGAAUGCUUUGUUAUUUACUCCUCGAAAUAAGUAUUAUUUACUGCAUUGAACUAAAUGAUCUAUUGCAAUGGAUUUUUUUUGUAAAAAAGAGUAAGAGGUGUCUUUUGUUUUGCAUCAAAUCAAAUACUAAGAUUAUGAUAAAUCUGAAGUCAAAGAAAUGUCAUAGCAAUUUUGCAGUCAUAUUCAGAACAAAAAUUAAGUUUCCUAAAAUUGUUAAGAAUUCUGUCUGUUUUAAGAUAAUCACAUCAUACAUAAUCAUUGGUUUAUGAUUUGUUGUGUAACCACUUAUUAUGUACUAAUUAUUAUUUGUUUUGAUAUAAAUAAUACAAAAGCUGUAA